AUGCACACCCAUGCAGGCCCGUUGGUGCUCUCUUUUGCACCACACGCACCGCUGCCGUCCUGCCUGGCUGCAUGGGCGGAGCACCGUAACUGUUUCUGUUUUGUUUUUAUUGCAUUGAGUGGGCGACCUCUCUCUCUCUCUCCCUGUGUGUGUGUUUUGCUUUACGGGAGCAAUGAGUGUGUGUGCGCUGGUCGUCCCACGCUUGUUUUUUUUUUUUUAGUUUUAUUGCUUUUGCUUCUGUUGUGGUUGAGAGCACCUCUUUCAUUUAUUUAUUUAUUUUUGUCUUGCCUUGACUGCGGACGUCCAAAAUGUCCUUUGUUCGAUAUUUUCUUGUUGUUUCUUCCUCUCUUGUUGGGAGAGUGUCAGUCUCUCGUAUCCUUGUCACGCCAAGUUUUUUUUUUUUUUUUGACAUGCGUCAUGCGUCAGUUGAUCUACUUUACUCUGCGGCCUGCAUUGCUUCUGGUGUUGCUAUUGAUGAUGUCUGCGAUGUUAUUUUUCGGCGGAUGUCUUGCUGUCAGCCUGACGUGUCCUUCGUUCCUUGACGAUUUGUUGCGUACAGACGGUGCGUGGGCGUCUCUGGUGAUAGUGAGGGACGCGUUCCUCAGAGCGCAGGAUGCGUCGCGGGUGUGCGGCGUCGUUUGUGAGGACCGAUGGGUGCCCGUCCGCAUCCAGGCGUCAUCAACGGACCGUGAGGACAGCAUAAGGCACUGCGGCUUCUUUUGGUGUUGCACAAAGAAUUUAUUGGACGGUGCGUUUGUUUUCAAUCUUUUGCAGCUUUUGUGGGGGAAGGUGGGAGUUUGA